UAAAAUAAAUACACCUAAUAUAUUUACCGUUUACGUGUUUUGUGUAUUAAAUGUUUGAAACAGCUACUAUCUGGUUUUUUGAUACGUUAACUUUAAUUCUGUGAUACCAAUUAAUGAGAUGGCUAAUUAACAGCUCAGAGGGCAAAGGUAAUUCGCGAAUGACCGAUUUAUAGUGUUUGUUGUUUUUUGUUUUUUUUUUACUAAGUUUUUGUGUAUUUAUUUAUUUAUUCGUUUUUUGAAUCGAUGUUGAAUACCUGUGAAGACUUUACAUUAGGAUAGGAGGGAUAACUCUUUUUCAACUUAUGACAUCUUCAUACAUGUACCAUGCAACUUCGUCAUUUUCAAGACAUCGUUCUAUUAACUUUGCUGUUAUUUUUUAAAAUGGCAUCAGUCUGCUUAACGAAAGAAACACAUCUUCCUAAACUCAUUCUUAUUUCUAUGGAUGGCUUUAGGUACAAUUAUCUAGACCAGCUUCCUCUCGAUAAGAUAACUAAUUUCACUUACCUUAUUAAAAAUGGUGUGAAAGCCAAGUUUAUCAAAAACGUAUUUCCAACUGUUACAUACCCGAAUCACAUGACGAUAGCUACUGGUCUCUAUCCUGAAAGUCAUGGUGUUGUAGACAAUGUCUUCUGGGAUCCAUACUUAGAAGAUAAAUUUGACAUAGCAAAUUUUAGACAAAACUUUGAAUCAAAAUGGUUCGACAACGGGGGUGAACCUAUAUGGGUCACCAAUCAGAAGGCAGGAUCGCGAAGGGACAGCGGUGUAAUAUGGUGGCCAACUGGCGUUGCAGAAAUUAAAUCAUACAUGCCAAGGGUAAUGCCAGCAGAUGAAUUCAAUGAAACCGAUUCAGACUGGACUGUAAGAGUUGAUACUUUAGUCAAAUGGUUAACAAACGACAAAGGAAAUAUCCGACCAAUAAAUUUAGGAAUAUUGCAUUUUUCUGAUCCUGAUCUCACUGCGCAUAAAUAUGGUCCAGAUAAUGCCGAUGGUACUAUCACUGAUGAAGUACAACAAAAAAUCUUUAAACUUGAUGAUACAUUGGGAUAUCUUAAGCAAAAACUGGUGGAAUCACAUCUUUGGAAGGACAUGAAUUUGAUAGUAACAGCUGACCAUGGACAUACGAAUCUCCUUUCCCUGAAGGAUGGUCAAAUUAAUUUAGAUCAUUAUAACAUAGAUCCAAAGUUGUAUACAACAGUAAGCGGUGUCCACAAUGUAUUUAGUUUGGAACCAACUGAAGGUACAGGCAUAGAUAAACUAUACAGGGAUUUAAGUGCAAUACCAAAGAUAUAUGUCUACAGAAAAUGUGAUAAAUAUAUGAGUCGGUUACAUUACUGCAAUAACAGAAGGAUAAUGGAGUUCGUCUUGGAAGCGGAAGAGGGGCAUUUUAUCGGAAACACUAAUAGCUUAAGUCUGAUUAAAAAUAUUUCUAAAGGCUCACAUGGCUACGAUCAAAAUAAAGUACCAAACAUGAGACCAUUUUUCAUUGGCUUUGGACAAGCUUUUAAGAAAGGACUUGUGUCAGAGCCAUUUGAUUCGGUUGAUAUUUAUCCACUUAUGUGUCAGAUUCUUGGAAUACAGCCGGCUCCAAAUAAUGGAUCUUUAGAUAAUGUGCGCCAUCUCUUAGUCCAACGACUUUCAUCCCAGGCGGACCAAUUCCAGUUAACAAUUAUAAUAUUUGUGGUUGUUUUUGCGGUGUUGGUAUGUGGCCUUUUCUUCGUAGGUGCUUUGCGACAACACAAGCACCGUAACAGAAAAACAACCGAUCUAAUCGUUGGACUAUCUCCCUUGCUUGCCGAUGACAAAGAAGGUGAAGAGAGUAACGAAGAGCUUUUAUAGAAACUACGGACAACUGUAACGGAAUUAUUAAUCAUGACGUUCAGACGAAUAAUAUGGUGAAUUCUGAAGCUGUACAAUAAAAUAAUACUUUUACUUA